UCUACAUGGUGGAGUUGCUGCAGCGGGGGCUGGCGGCGUUGCUGCAGGGUCUCCGCGGCUACGAGUCCGCGGGCGGCUCCCGGCUGCUUUCCUCCUGGCGGGUGCAGUGGGUGGAGGUGGUGCAGGGCGGGCUGCAGGGCUUCUUCGGGGGGCUGCUGCUGGCGGCGCUGGAGCUGGCGGGCAUGAGGUACGACGGCUGCGACCUAAUGCGGGAGGCGCUCAAGGCGCCCAGCGGGGGCGGGGGUGCAGGAGGGGCGGGACUAGGAGGGGCGCCGGACCUGAUGGCACCGCCGCCGCUGGGCGCGGGAGGGGCGGCGGGGGCGGGAGGCCAGGAGCUGGUCAAACCAGGCCUGGUACUGGUGCUUGCCAAGCUGUGCAAGUUCCUGGAGCAGGAGAUGGUCCCGUGGGUCAUGGAGACGCUGGCGGCCUCCUUCACCAGCGCGGCAGGCGAGGGGCCGGCGGGGGGCGGACCGGGGGGCGACCUGCCGCCUGCGUUCGUGCCGGGAGAGGUCGCGCGGCGCCUGUCCGCCGCCUCCUCCGCCAUGGUGCUCAGCUACGUGGAGGCGCACGGGCGCCAGCUGAGCGUCAUGGUGCGCAGGUCCACCGCCUCUGUCAGCUGGCUGGCCUGCAAGGAGCCGCGCGGCCCCCGCCCCGUGUGCUCGCUGCUGCUGGAGCGGUUGGCGCGGGUGGAGGCGGAGGCGGCGGGGCUGCUGGACGAGCCGACGGGGGGCGGCAGGGGGGCGGUGCAGGGAGGGAUGGAGGCGGGCAGGAAGGGCGACGACCCGCGGGAGGGGGCCGGCGGGGGUGCGGGCGGCAUGGGAGGCGGGCUGUACGGCAGCAGCAGCGCCUUUGGCGGCGGUGACUCGGGAGCCGUGGAGCGCAACGUGGCUAAGCUGUUCCGGGAAAAGGUCCACAUGACCGGCUCCGUGUCGCUGUCCGCGGGUGACAUCCUGGCGGGGGUGGCGGGGGUGGCGCUGAAGAGCCUGCUGGAGAGCAUACGGCUGGAGACGCUGGGUCGCGCGGGUCUGCAGCAGCUGCAGUUGGAUGUGGCCUUCCUGCGUCCGCCGCUGCGGCGGCUGCUGCUGCUGCGGGGCGGGGGCGGGCGGGGCGAGGGGGCGGCGGUGGUGGAGCAGCUGCUGGAGGAUGUGGUGCUGUCGGCCACGGAGCGCUGUGUGGAGCCGCAGCUGCUAGAGGCGGCGGUGGUGGAGCGCAUCCUAGCCAGUGCGAGUACGGCAUAAGCUGCAAAAGCAAGUACGGCAUAAACCAUUAGAGCAAGUACGGCAUGACAGGGCAGGAAAGGGGGUCCUGGAGGUCGAGGGCCUCAGGGUACCUUACUCAAAGGGGCUAAAGCAUGUGAGGUUUGGGGGGACAGGUGCAAGUGGGCUGUAGGGCUACUAGGGGCUAGGUAGCUGGCUGUGUGAUUGGCAUGCUCUGAUGGGCUGAUGUGGCAUAUGAUGUGAGGCGGCGAGCGGGUGUAAUGAUUAGCGUAUGGUACCGCAGACUAGGACUGGGGUCAGGACGGCAACGUAAAAGGGCGGGACGUGUCACGGGAGAUGCCAGAGUUGUAACUCGUUGACAUGCCAAGUGCUGUUCCGUGCGAGGAGGCCGUGUUUGCCCUCGCGCGAGGUCACGUGCAGAACUGAUGACAGUGCUUUCCUGUGGAGGCAUCCAAGCGGAGGUGCCUGCGUAACCCUAGAGGAUGUGAGCGGCCCGCAGGGAACUUUUCCCCUGGCCCGGGGUUACCUCCAUCAAUCUCUGGCCAUGUAAGGGCCUAAAUUA